CUCAGUGGAGAACGGAUGCUCAGUACCCAGGAGGACAGGCUAGUGCGCAGAUCAUUGCUCGCCCGACGGACCCAGGGUUCGCUGCUGGAAUCUACUACCUGUCAGUCUUCGGUUCUGAGCCGUGUUCCUUCCACUGCUCUGUCAGAUCGAGGUGACGGCUCCGACCGUCAAGAUCGGCAACAACUAUGGGGGAAGGAUCACUGCACAAGGAGGCUACGCCUUCUAUCGGUUGUUGGCAGACGGACUUCAGAACCGUGUCAUCAUUGUCACCAAACUCUCCGUAGCAAGCGUUGCUGCUUUCACUCCGCCGUUGGCUAUCUACGUGCAGAGGUCCGAGCCAUCGACGAGUGCUCGCACUUUGACAACUUGCUCGGUGCAAAAGAACAUCGACUGUGUGCAGCCGACCUUGAGCCCCAACUGCACUUGCAACGGAACUUUCACUGGGAACUGGACGGCGGCAGCAGCAUCGAGUUGCGCAUGGCCUUGCGAUAGUCCUUUCAGUAGCGAUCAGGGGAGUCUGGGACAGGCCUCGUAUCAAGGGAGAACCAGCGUUGAGGCGAUCCUCGUCCCAGGUUCUGUCUACUACGUUGCCGUUGCCUGCGUCCCUGGUGUCACCCUCCCUGUCACUUUCUCCGUGAGCUUUCAAACUUUUUGAUCGGCCGCUCAGCCCUCAUCAAGCUGCCCUGUAACAUAAUGUGACUCUGUGACAAGUAAACUAGAUGUCU